AUGCCGCAACAACCGUUGUCUCCACGCUCUGACCAUUCAAUGGGAACAAGGACUGAUGCAAGUACUACUCCUUCCAUAGGGGAUGACAAGGAAACUGGUCCAGUCGCGCCCCUGGUGGCCGCGUCUCGGCACUUGCUUCAAUCCAACGGAAGUAUUCUCGGACGGCACGUGGCCCAGGCGAUUCUUCCCAAGUUUCCCACAUUGCUAUCUGCCUUACCAAUAGACAGUAUGCACCCCGCUCUGUCUUGCAUUGACGGCCGGAAACCUAUUACGUGCGCACAAAUUCGCGAGUUUGUGCUUGGGUUGGGGACGCAGCUUCACAACCACGGGUGGGGUCGGGGUAAUCGGGUGGCGGUGGUCCUUCCCAACGGACCAGAACUUGCUUUAGCACUCUGGGGGAUUGGUGCUUGGUGUUGCUGCGUCCCUCUCAACGCUAACGGAGCUGCCAUGGAACUCGAAUCCGAUCUGGUGGCAUCAUCCUGUUGCCUUGUCAUCGGCGUGCAAGGCAGCACCACUCGGCAACUAGCCAACAAGCUCAACAUUUCCUUUGGCGGAUUGACGCCCGAUAGAUUUCACGCUGGCUUGUUUUCCCUCAGCUUACCAGAUGCACCACACGGAUUGCAAAGCGUUUGUACGAGGGCGGUCGAGCGGGAUCGCAGUGCCGGAGAUCCCAUCUCUCCCGUCAGCACCAUCGUCAAACAGACGACCGUCGCACCGGUACCGAAUGCACACGACGACAUCGUUCUCGUUUUGUUUACGUCCGGGACGACCGGAAGUAAAAAGCUUGUACCCCACCGUCUCGGCGAUUUACUUGUCUCGGCAGCUUGCAUUGCCGUAUCAUGGAACUUGACUCCGGCGGACAUCAACUGCAAUCUUAUGCCACUAUUUCACGUUGGUGGUAUCGUGCGUCAAGUGUUUUCACCCAUCCUAUCCGGUGGCUGUGUUAUUUGCUGUCCGAGCUUUGACCCUUUGAUAUUUUGGAACUUAUUGCGCUCACAAUCCUUCACUUGGUACUAUGCUGCUCCUACCAUGCAUCAGUUAAUACUACAAACCGGAAGGGCCGAAGGAUUUAUUGAGGGAAAUGGCAGUAACGAAACGACAACUAUCAACCCAAAGUUGCGUAUGAUCGCCAACGCCGCAGGUGGACUCUUACCCAGCCUAGCCCGAGAGCUACAACAUAUCUUUGGGGCCGCUGUCCUACCGAGUUAUGGGAUGACCGAGUGCAUGCCCAUCAGCUCUCCUCCGGCGACGUAUCAAUUGGAAAAGCCAGGAACCAGCGGAGUAUCCGUGGGGCCAGAACUUGCAAUUCUAAACUUGAAGACGUUAGAUUUGCUUGACCAUGGUAAGGAAGGCCCAAUUUGUGUUCGGAACGAACCCUGUUUCAGAGGGUAUGAAGACACUCCCCAAGAAGCUUCGUUUUUGCCCGGCGGUUGGUUCAACACUGGUGAUCUCGGUUACAUAGACGAAGAUGGAUUCUUGUACAUCACAGGACGAUCCAAAGAAGUUAUAAACCGCGGUGGAGAGAUCAUUUCGCCACUCGAAGUAGAAGAGGCUCUGAACGGUCACGUAGAUGUAGCUGCAUCAAUUGCCUUUUCUACGCAGCAUUCCGUCUUGCAAGAAGUAGUUGGCAUUGUGAUCGUGCCGCAACCUGGUCGGCCACGAAUCGAUUUACCGGCUUUGCAUGAAUUUUUGGGGCAAGGCCGAUUGGCCGCACCCAAGUGGCCACAAUGUAUUGUGUACAUGGACAGUCUGCCGAAGUCGAAUACAAACAAGUUGCUGAGAGUAAUGUUGGGUCAGCGACUGGGUUUGCCUGAAUUGAACGACUCUAUGUACUCGAUUGAUCGCACAUUCCAGGCCAAAUGCCCCAAACCAGGCACUUCCGUCUCUGUAGCUAUUCCUUGUGAGCGGGUAGCACUGCCUUCGGAUCAAGUACAGCAAAUCCUCCGGGAAGCACUCGUGACAAACGUUAAUCAAGAGAUUGUUGUGGUUCACCAUCCGACCCGAAUGGGUAGUCUUGUGGCUUACGUCUAUCAAGUGGAUCGAGUUGCGGUCAUAGCAGCUGCCAAAGAGCGGCUGCAUGCAUAUGCUGUGCCCUCUCAUGUCGUACAGAUGCCAUCUCCGUUUCAGGUGGAAUUGGAUAUCAGUCCACCGCAGCCGUCAGACGCAGUCGGCUCAAUUUUGCAGAAGGCCUCGAACUCAGGGCAAGGACCGAUGAAUCCGCUUGUACUGAGCUUGCAGGAGCUAUUUCAGGAAUUGCUCGAUUUGGACUGCUUACCGGCGCCUCGGACUAACUUUUUUAAUUUGGGCGGUUCAUCGAUGUUGGCAUCCCAGCUGGCCAGCAGAGUCCGGAAGCAGCAUGACGUACCAUUUGGAGGUGCCGAAGUUUUUCAUCACUCCAGCUGCGAGGAUAUUGCGACUUUGAUUCGCGAACGACAAGACGGAGAGUGGGAUAUCUGCUCUUCCGUCGCCAAUGGUGAUCUAGCCAGCGUAGCGUCUUCCUUGUUUUCACGAAAUCUGGACCUCAAGAGUACGCCGUUUGAUCCGAAUAAGAUGAAUCACUCCUCGAGCUGCUGCGCAACAUUUCUUCAAUUGAUGCCUCUUUUUGUGAUUUACCCUGUGUGGCAGCUUUCACGAUUCUACUUGUUUUUUCGUUUGCUGCUGAUUCUGCUCAACGCUGUGCCGGGUGGACACCAUUUAGUCGCCUUUAUUAUCUCAGUCGUGGUCUUUCACUUUUUGUGGGUCCUUUUGACGCCACUAUUGUUUGUUCUGAUCAAAUGGACUAUGAUUGGGACCUAUAGGAAGGGCAGGUAUCCUCUUUGGGGAGAGUACUAUUUGAGAUGGUGGUUCGUCGACGUCAUGCGCAAAUUAAUUGGUCGUGGCAUUUGGGGAUCGAAUGCCGCAACUCUGAACCUUUAUUACCGUCUUCUUGGUGCUCGGAUCGGUAGGUACGCCCGGAUCAGUCUAGAAGCCGACAUUGCCGAAUUCGACCUCAUCAACAUUGGAGAAGGCGCAUGCAUAGAAUACUCAACACUACGUCCCUUCGGUGUGGACAAUGGAGCCAUGAUAUUGGGUCCGAUGGGGGUUGGAAGCUUUUCUAGCGUUGGUGCGCGCUCCGUAGUGGCGCCGUACACGUUUAUCCCGGACGAUACGCACUUGGGAGCUGCUACGUCAAGCUAUGAAAUCAGCACUCUACACAUAAACCAGUCCAAGCAAUACAAUCGUCAAGCCUUUCCGGAACCUGGCAUCUUGGCCCAACUAUUUGUCUGUCGUCCGAUUGUUUUCUUGGUAGAAACGAUGUCACAUAUUCCAGCAUUACUCAUUCUGUAUUGGAUGAUCAGCAUGCCAUGGCAUGACAAUGAAGCCUUCGAUACAAUGAGCCACUUGAUGGAAUGGUUGUGUAAUGUUCGAAGAAUACCUUUCUACAUUGGGAUUCAUGUGGCCCGAGCUCUUCUGGCACCAAUUUUUCAAAUGGGUGCAGCAAUCCUGGUGAAAAGGUAUAUCAUCGGCUCGUUCAAACCUGGCCCUCGCGACACAGCGUCGCAAUGGCAACUAUGUCGCCAUCAGCUGGUUUCAACAUUAUUUUCCCGGCAAAAUAUGCAGGACUGCACGGAGCUAUUGGGUCGACAUUACGAGCUUGUCAGUGUCCUCUAUCGUGUUUUGGGAGCCAAGGUGGGAAAUCGAGUGUUUUGGCCAGGCCACCAACCUGUGUUUUCGGGAGAGUUUGAUCUAUUGGAGAUUGGCGAUGACGUCGUGUUUGGUUCUCGAGCGACCAUGAUCUGCACAACGAUCGAUUCUUGUGAAAAGAUAACUUUAAGUGCCGGAUCAAAUGUAUCGGACAAUGCCGUGGUGCUUCCGGGUAGCAUGCUGGGGAAAAACGCGGUUCUCGGAUCAAACGCGGUUUGUCCUGGAGACUGGUAUCUCCCUGAAGCUAGCGUGUGGUUUGGAGCGAUAGCCGGCGAACCCGUUAUGUUGGAAAAGGGAGUGGAAGACAUCAGUCAUCAUAUUCUUUCAUCUGAGGUUUCGCCGGAUAGGAUUCAGAUGCAAGGAGAUGAAUCGACGCUUCGUCCCUUCGGCAAGGCUUUCUACUACAGACAAGCCCCAUAUUUCGUACUACCGAUGAGUUUUAUGAUUUUAUUCACGGUGCUCAGUAAGAUCAUGAUUUCCCUGGUACAUACUGUUCCCCUUCUGGGUGCGCUGCAUGCCACGGCAGUUUAUUUCUACGGCCAUCACGACACCCAAGCAUAUGACUCUGUGUCGGUGGCUUCCUCACAGAUGUACAUUGUGCUGCUCUCUUUUUUUCUUCUGACGCACGCGGGACGCGUGGCAGUGUGGAUUGGCAUUGAAUUGGGGGCCAAGUGGUUGUUUGUGGGUCGGCGCCAGCCUGGUCGCUACAACUGGGACAAAACACCAUACAUUCAAAACUGGGAGUUGUAUCAGAUCAUCACCAAGGUGCGAUCGUCCGGGCGUACGAAUUUUAUGGACUUGUUGGCUGGUACUCCUUUUCUAGUUGCAUUCUUUCGGGGUUUGGGUUGUACUAUUGGUCGUGACUGCUGUCUGUACCCGGCUGGGGCAGACCCGUUCAUGCCAGAACCUGACUUGGUGCAGAUGGGUGACCGCUGUGUCAUUGACUGCGCUUCUGUGGCCUGUCACCUGAAUACUCGAGGAAACUUCGAAUUGGUCAAAAUUACGUUGGAGAAUGACGUGACUCUGCGGACGCGGUCUCGCAUUCAACAGGGUGUGCACAUGGAGAACAAUUCGAUGUUGCUGGAAAAGAGUUUAGCCAUGACCGGCGAAGAGAUUGAGGCCAACAGUGUGUGGCAGGGGGCUCCGGCCGUCCUACUCUUUUCGUACGACACCACUACUAUGGCGACGGGGAGAUCGACCUGCUCUUCCGAUACUUCGGACAGUAUCUUAGACGGUGGCUUCGUCUAGACGAUGCAAACUCUCCAGGAACACAUCUGCCAGUGACACUAAAUCAGUACUUCGUCGUGGCAAUAUAUUAGGAAAUUAAAAAUUAAAGUAGAAGAAACCUUCGAUGGAAAACCUCGAGACCCUCGGACACUCCAGACCUGGAAUAAUCGUUGUAGUAGAAAUCUUGACAAGUCACGAGACCUUUGAUUGCCUUCUCGACACUCACGAUAGGCGGGGAUGGGUUGCGGACUGGGAAGACAUACGGGGGAUGCGACUCCUUUUCAAGCGGGUAAAAGACUAUCGAACACAGUCUACACCGGAAUACAUAGUAGCCAUUCGCUUUGGGUCUGAAAGGAACGACAUCCUUACACCAUUCAUCCAAUCAACCUGAUGCGUUUGGCCCGACACACUCUCCCAACCUCUCCUUUACCACCAAUCAUGCGUCGCCUGCGGUGGUGUCGAGGGGUGCCAUGAGGUGCGCUAUUUCUUGUCCUUCCGGUACGGGCCGGAGUAAUUUCCAGACGGUCGCGGCGGCCACGCGGACGACGGCCGCCUCACAGUCGUUGAUUCCGUAGGCCACGACGAUAUCGUGCUCGCCGUCCGGAUCCACUUCCAGCCCCGACGCGAACUGUAUAAUUUCGGCGUCGUGCGCGUGGGGUGGACUAGCGGCGGGGAGGACCCAUUCGGGCGACACGUGGCCGAGACGGUAGGGGGCCGACGCGGUGAGGGUGUAGAAAACGUGGGUGUAGUGGUGACCAAAGCGUGCGUACGAGUUGGGUUUGCGAUCGUGGGGGCGGUGGAAGUGACCCACACCGAGGUACACGUCGUGGGCUGGCCAGUAGACCAUAAAGGCGUUGGUUCCGUGAAUGUGCGAUUUCGGAGGCGUCUUCGUGUCGGCAACGGUAGUCCGUCGCCGUUGUGCACUCGUGGUAUUCGUAUGGAACGGAUCCGGCAAAGGUUCCAACAAGCGACGAUGGGGUUUUCCUUGACCCUUGUCGUUCUUCUUGCGUUGCACCAGGGGCGUCGUGUCCACGUCGACGACGGUGACGGGAUCGAUCCAGGUCAAACUUUGCAAAGUGUGCGGCUCGUGUCGGGGUUCCAUCAAGGCCAUGUUGCGUCCGCAACAAAAGGAAGUGGUUUCCGACGCUCGUAUUGUGGCUCGCCACGGCGUGGGCGAGGUACCGUCCAGUCCGUCGUUGGUGGCGUCGUUGUCGUCGUCGGUGCGCGUCAGGUAGACGCGAUUGAGUACUUGGGUUUCGUACCCAAAGAUUUGUCCUUCCCGAAAGGAAAUCCACAACUGUCCUUGGUGGACAAAGAGUCGAGCAUCGUCCAGUGCAAAAAUGUCCCGCCGCGUGUUGGGUUGCGUCCGUGCCGGAUACUUGCGUCCCCAGGCCGCGUCCCGUUCCAAUCCAAUGGUAACCUGAGCCUGUACCCGCCAUUGGUCAUCGAGCAACAAGAGUACGGUCCGGACCGUAUCCGGUUCGGUCUGCGUCGCCCAGAACGGCGGCGUGUGGGACGUGUCCCCGUCGGUCCUACUGGUCCUACGGCUGGUGUGUUUUGGGUUCCACACACACUGGGCGUGGGUCAUCCCGGUGGUAGCGAGCCAGCGUACGGACGGGGGAAGGAGUGUGGCGGCGGCGGGCCAACGCGAGACGUGGAGGAGACUGGGAUUGGUACCAUCGGCAAAGGGCCAUCGUGGUACGGUGUCGGUAUCGUGCGGUUGCCAAGCCGAUUGAUCCAUGCACAGUUUGGUCGGUUCGGCGUCGGACAAGACGAUCGGCCACGAUCCCCAGACGUAGGGUGUGGGUGCGGCCAAAAACGGCGGCACGUCACCACGGUCGAGUCCGUAAUAGCGGUGGGACGGGUACGGACGAAACGAACAAGACGUGGACGCUCGUUCGGGUUUGAGUACGACAGAUGGUCGUAUCCUUUCUGUAGAAGGCGUGAGCAUGUGGUACAGUACAAAGAGAUUGGCACCAACAAAGAGCAAGGCCGAGCCCAAGACGAGACAAGGGACGUUCGUCCGGGUCCGUCCCCCUGGGGAUACUCGCGGACGGGAUCGCGGGACGGAUCGUUUAGUGCCGGUACGACUGUGGGUACGGGCGAACCACCCGUGGCCUGGUCGCACGUGGGGCAACACGGGGAACAUGGGGACGACUCUCGGUCUGUGCAGGAUCGCCCAGUGGACACGGACGCGGUCGAAUCGGACGGCCUCAAUUGUUGCGUACACGCACGCUAGAGUCCACACGGUACCGUUUGUCGGUAACAGCACGCGACACGUUGGUGCAACUGGGACGUUGUGAGAUGGCGGACGGUGACUUUGAGUUGUUCGUUAUGUGGUGUAC